GCCGUUGUGGUCGAGUUGGGAAAGAAGCAGCUCGUCAACUUGUGCGGGGAAAACAACGAGCACGCCAUCAUCACCGUCACGGAGCGAGCCAUCUCAAUCAAGCUCGGAUGGAUCAUGCCCGCCAAGUGUGCAUUGGAAGAUGUGUUCAAGUUAGCCAUGCCUGAGCUGAGUGUUGGCCAGUCACCUGGCUACCAGCUUGUGCUCCCAACUAAGAUUGUGAGAUGUGAUGCUCCGCUGAUGUACAAGAUCGGCUUCACCCAUGCCACUGGCUCUACAAUAUCUGGCUUCUCCAAAGCUGUGGGACAGUGCGAUCGUGCUCACGAUGCUGUGCUAGAUGGCUUAGCGAAGGCUUCUGAGAAUCGUGUGGAAGAGAAAUGCCACAAAUUGUUCACAGAGUUUGGGCUCUCGUUGGAUAUUCCCAUUUCACACAUCGAAGUCGGAAACCACGAAUGGCAACUGCCAAUGAUCAAGCCAUCCCACCUGUACCAGCACCUUGCAGACCUGGGAAAACUAAGCCUGCUUUAUGCUGAUGAAGACCCGUCCAUUCUACAACAGUUCUGGUACAGACAUCGGCAGAUUGAGCCCCAGAACACCAUCCAUGACUACUUUGAUUCAUCUGCCCUGGACCCUUCUCGGACAAUACCACUCUUGUUGCACGGGGACGAGGGGCGUGGGCGCAAGCAUAAACCUGUGAUGGUUAUCAACACUCACAGUUGGAUUGGACUUGGUAGCCGCCCUUACAAUCGAUGGCACGAGGAAGCUCCAGUGCUCAAACGACAAACCAUGGGGGUCAACAUGCAAGGCUCUUCCGUGGCUACACGUUUCUUGGCAUUAGUUCUGCCGCAGACAGCCUAUGGAAAAGAUUCUAUCUAUCUUGAUAGAAUGAUAGAUGCCCUGAUUGCAGACCUGACAAAGCUACAAACGGUUGGCGUGCUCGUUCAAGGCGAGCGUUGGCGUUUGGCGGUGGUUGGUGCAACCGGAGAUCUUCAAUGGUUUUGCAAAGCUGGCAAGCUAGUUCGUUCAUACAAUCAUGUUUCGAAGCGGUCUGGCCAAAAAACUCACACGGGCAUAUGUCAUCUUUGCCUGGGCGGAACACCGGAGUUCAAAUUCGAAUGCUUUGCAGAUAACCCAUCUUGGCUUCCAUCAGUGGGGCUGGAGGAGCCUUGGGUGGAGACUCCUGAGCUUAUUCGACGAUUCCAUGUUAAUAAUGCGAACCCUGCAGAUUUCUUCAAACCUGACGUUUGGCAUUGUUUGCACCUCGGUCUUGGAAAGAUCUUCCUUGCAAACUCGUUCGUGGAGUGGUUGCCACACCUUCCUGGCACCUUUUCUGACAGAGCAUCUUGGGUUUCAUUUGUUUGGGUAUCUUUAUGUGUGGGGUCUGGGAGUCUAUUCUCUAGGAAGCUCCAUCUAGUUUUCCUUUUCGUUUUCUUUGAUCGAAUGGUUUCAUAA